AUGCCCUCGCUCCCCGCGUUUCUGUCUCGUUCGGUGCCAGUGUCCAGUGGCAACAGCGGUGGGAUCACUGAUGCCCCUGUGAUUCCCAGUACCCGACUGGGUCCUGCAGCUGAUCUGCUUGAGAAUGAGCUAUUCAGAAUGUACUGGGAAGGAGUCGAGCGCGAGCUGCCUCAUUUACUGCUGACAUUCAGGCGCUGGCAAUCACGUCCAGACACAUCGGAUUUUCUCCCAGAGGAAGAGGAUGACUUCAUUUACGGUUAUGAUACGUUUCUCGAUUCAGUUUCCGACAUUUCUCGCCAAUUUCAUGAACGCAAUAAGAGAAACCAACGAUCAAAACGUCCAGAGAAGAAAGCGAAAAAAGACACAAAAGCGCCACCUUCAUACGAUGAAGUUCUACGAGACCGUGGCUGGGAUAUCUUCGCCGACAUAAAGAGUAACAGCAUCAAGGGCUGUAUAAGAACCUCCCUUAGCGAGCGCAAACUACUGGACCCAGCUAGACGGAGAGCCCGCAUGCUUCUUCAAUCAGCGCAAUUCCUUGACAUCGACAAAAUUAUGGAGUAUCGCGAACCUGAAAAAGCACUAUCGUUCUGGAAAAGACCUGCCUCCGCUCAAAUACGGCUCUGGUCAUAUGACGAUUUACACCAGCCGGUAUUCGUCCCACAGCUCUGCUCCGAGUGCAAGGCGACAAUUCGGGGAUGUACCUUUCAGGACACCAGCGACGAAAACAUUGUGAUAUGCGAAAGCUGUUACCGAGCGACACAUUAUGGCCAGACGCGCUUUGUCAAGAAAUACAAAGAGUGCUGCCUUCCAACGGCCUUGACGCCAGAGAUUAGCCGCAAGUUGUGUUAUUGUAGUACGGUUCGUCGACGCGACCAAGAUGGACGCUCCAGGUCGCUGUGGCCAAUUGACCCUGAGCUCGACGAAGGCCAUCACGUCAAAGGCGGGCUUGGUCGUGUAGGCUGCGGUCUGUACACCGUCACAGAUCUCUUUGCAGAGGCAAAGUAUGCGUCUACAAGAUCACAAUUCGGCAAAAGUGACAGUUUACUUCAGUUACGAAAAAAGGAUCCUGUAGGUGGCGAGCUGCCGAAGCCUGUGGCUGUAACAAGGAAGCAACCAAGUCGAUUGGGACAUCUCAACGAGACCUCCCUACCGGAAUACGGUUAUUCCUAUGGGUUCAGUACUGAUGAGCCGGAGGAUAUUCCAAUGUACUUGCGGUCGACUAUCGAGAAGUAUCCGUAUGGGAACGUUCAUAUGGCUCUUCGCUUUGGCCCUCUGAUCAUAGAGAAUGGCGUCGCAAAUACCAUGGGCGGUGUCCUUGUCACCAGUCGAGAUCCGCCUUCAUUACAAGUCAUCCGUGAUCCCCCAGAAGAAAUCACAAAAUCCCUUCUUCUCACAGGCGAGAGAGAUCGUAUUCUCUAUGUACAGGAUAGACCGAGGCACCCGAAGCGAUACAAAGCCUUCAUGAAGCAAGUCGUCGGAGGUGCCUUCUGCGAUUUCUUCGAGUCUGGUAUUGAAGAUGAGCUUAUUGACGCCUUCAUACAUGAAUCUAAUUGUCUGACCGAGGACGGAUUGACUUUUGUAGAGCAAGAAGCUAUGCUUGGACAGAGUACCAAACGUCUGCUUCUACACGUCAAAGAGUACCUCGCUUCGAGGGUGCAGGCGUACAUCACGAGCAUCACCACUCAUCUCCUGGAUCCAGAGGUUCGACUCAAAUGGCAUUAUCACGAGAACAAUUGCCAGGCAUUCUGUGACAGAUUGAUUGACCACGGCUUAUUUGGUCCCCUGUUCGCCUCCAAGACAGCGGUUAGUCAACCAAUGCCACUGUACUUGAUGAGCUUUGUAUGUCGACCCGGGUCAAACGUACCUACACGGGCAUUCUCUAAAUACGACGUUCCAAAUGGCCUUACAGAAGAAUAUCUCCUCAAGUUCCGUUAUGGACGCCACGAUGACUCCGACAUAAUUGACACACUGGCCGAAUACUGGACGGAUUGGGGCGCUUUUGGAGGGCACAUUUAUCCAUACCAAGAUGUCUUUCCAUGGGACUGUACAGAAGCAUAUGAUCGGUAUCCCGGAAACUGUGGUGAUUGCAAAAUUUCGAAACACGUUCUGGCAUUCCCGUUUGACUCUUGGUCCAUCGCGUCUCUGCAUCUUGCCCGAGGCCGGCAACUGUAUCCCGCUAAUGCACAGCCUCCCGUGGGCAAAUCAGCAGAGAAGCGAGCAAACCCAGGCAUAAUGACAGACACCGAAUGGUUCAAAAACCGCAUCACCGUACUACUCGGCCAAGACGCCCUCCUCACAGCCGCGGUCGCUAUGGCAAAUUCCAGUCAAUUCCAAGCAUCAACAACAUGGCUCACCAACCAUGAGGACGAGACCAUGGAUAGACUCAAGCUUGGCGGCAUUCAUCGUGCACAACCGUUCAGCCACCACUUUGAGAAAGGUGCUUACCAUCAAUACUUUGUCGCUGACUGGGCCUUCCUCGCUCAACCAUUACGAGUUCAAGAGUAUGAGAAGUUCAGGGACUGGAGAGCAACCAAGAUCGAUGUUGGUGCAACCACGGCGGAUGAUGGUAGUGGGGGAGGAGGAUGCGGCACAGGUCCUUUCGCUUGUGGUGCGGUAGCAGCGGGAUGUGCAGUAGGAUCUCCAGGAAUGGCUGGGGAUACCUGUGGAAGUGGAUGCGUAUCAAGUUGCGGUGGCGGUGAUGGAGAUGGUGGAUGUGGUGGUUGCGGAGGAUGA